CCGAACUCUUAUUUGUGUUUUUAACAAGGGUGCUAUUAUAACAAAAAGAGAGUGAGAGAGGGUUUUCUUAAACUUGGUGGUACAUUAGGAGAGUAAAACAAAGCAUAAAAUUAGAAGAAGCACUAAGUCAUUGGUUUAGUGAUGGCUUUCACACUAGAGAGAUGUGAAGAUAACAUGAUGUUCACUAUGGAAUCUCAGAAGUCAGUGCCUGCUCCUUUCUUGACAAAGACAUACCAACUUGUUGAUGAUCCUCUCACUGACCACAUUGUAUCUUGGAGUGAUGAUGAAACUACAUUUGUUGUUUGGAGACCACCUGAGUUUGCUAGAGAUCUUCUUCCCAAUUUUUUCAAGCACAACAACUUCUCAAGCUUUGUUAGGCAACUAAAUACCUAUGGUUUCAAGAAGGUGGUUGCUGAUAGAUGGGAGUUUGCAAAUGAAUACUUCAAAAAAGGAGCAAAGCAUCUACUAUGUGAAAUCCACAGAAGAAAAACCCCUCAAAACUAUCACCAACAAUACUAUGAACAACAAUCACCACAAUUUCAUCAACAAGAUCAUGAAAGUAUAUGUUGGAUUGAUUCACCAUUACCAUCUCCAAAAUCAAACACUGAUAUCUUAACAGCACUCUCUGAAGACAAUCAAAGACUAAGGAAAAAGAAUUUCAUGCUCUUAUCAGAACUCACUCACAUGAAGAAUCUUUACAAUGAUAUCAUAUAUUUCAUUCAAAAUCAUGUGAGUCCUGCUACAACAUCCUUUGAACAAAGAAGCAAUAAUAGUGCUAUUUUGAAGCUUGUUGAAUUGGAUUCAUCAGCAUCUCAAUUAGCAAAUGAUAAUAAUGUGGUUAAGGAUAGUAAUAGUUCUUAUGUGAAACUUUUUGGUGUUCCUCUUUGUGGUAAAAAGAGAGUGCAUCCAAGUAAUCUUGAUUAACAAGAAUGAUUAGUUUUUUUGUUCAGAGUUUUCCAUUAUCAUGUUAAGUUUGUAAUGGAUUUCUCUGAUUGUUUUGUUUUGUUUUUUGUUGACAUUUGAAGAGAACUAUGUUUUUAUGUAUAG